AUGAGGGAGUCACACUUUGGAGUGGAAACAAAAGGAACAGGGGACCUCUCUGGGGGUAUCCCCACCUGCCUGAUUCUGGCUGUCACUGGCAAGGACCUGACCAUUCCUAUAACCAUCUCCACUGGAGAGAUCAGACCUGAAAUGAAGGUGAAUCCAACAGAGUGUGGAAAGACAUUCAGUCGGAGCUCUGGUCUUGCUGUACAUAAGAGAAUCCACACUGGGGAGAAACCUUAUAAAUGCAAACAGUGUGGAAAAACAUUCAGUAGCAGCUCCAAUCUUGCUAGACAUCAGAGAAUCCACACUAGGGAGAAACCUUAUGAAUGCAAACAAUGUGGAAAGGCAUUCAAAAUGAGCUCCCAUCUUGCUGCACAUCAGAGAAUCCAUACUGGAGAGAAAGUUUAUGAAUGCAAGCAAUGUGGAAAUACAUUCACUCUGAUUUCUAAUCUUGCUCUACAUCAGAGAGUACAUACUGGGGAGAAACCCUAUGAAUGCAAACAGUGUGGAAAGACUUUCAGUCAGAGCUCCAAUCUUGUUGUACAUCAGAGAAUCCAUACUGGAGAGAAACCUUAUGAAUGCAAGCAAUGUGGAAAAACAUUCAGAACGAGUUCCAGUCUUGUUGUGCAUCAGAGAACUCACAGUGGGGAAAAACCUCAUAAAUGCAAGCAGUUUGGAAAGGCAUUCAGAAAUAACUACAGUUUUGCACUACAUCAGAGAAUCCACGCUGGGGAGAAACCUUAUGAAUGCAAACAGUGUGGAAAGAAAUUCAGUCAGAGCUCCAGCCUUGCUUAUCAUCAGAGAAUCCACACUGGGGAGAAACCUUAUGAAUGCAAACAGUGUGGAAAGACGUUCAGUCAGAGCUCUGGUCUUGCUUAUCAUCAGAGAAUCCACACUGGGGAGAAACCUUAUGAAUGCAAACAGUGUGGAAAAACAUUCAGUGGCAGCUCCAAUCUUGCUAGACAUCAGAGAAUCCACACUAGGGAGAAACCUUAUGAAUGCAAACAGUGUGGAAAGGCAUUCAAAAUGAGCUCCCAUCUUGCUGCACAUCAGAGAAUCCAUACUGGAGAGAAAGUUUAUGAAUGCAAGCAAUGUGGAAAUACAUUCACUCUGAUUUCCAGUCUUGCUCUACAUCAGAGAGUACAUACUGGGGAGAAACCCUAUGAAUGCAAACAGUGUGGAAAGACUUUUAGUCAGAGCUCCAAUCUUGUUGUACAUCAGAGAGUACAUACUGGGGAGAAACCCUAUGAAUGCAAACAGUGUGGAAAGACUUUCAGUCAGAGCUCCAAUCUUGUUGUACAUCAAAGAAUCCAUACUGGAGAGAAGCCUUAUGAAUGCAAGCAGUUUGGAAAGGCAUUCAGAAAUAACUCCAGUUUUGCACUACAUCAGAAAAUCCAUACUGGGGAAGAACCUUAA